GUACAUCUUGUCAAUAACAAAUGAGGAUGAGAUCCGGGAGUACGUCGUUGACCUCAUUCAGGGGACUGAUGGGAAGAAAAGUUGGUUUGUGGAAGAACUGCUGGCCAGGUGGCGAAAAUCCUGCCAGCUGCCGUCCGAGCCUUUGCCAGUGUAUCGGAAGAAGGAUGAGAUUGCGGAAGUGCCUCGGGCUGGAGAGCAGGCGAAAAAGGGUAAACGCAAAGGAAGGAACAAGCAGGAGACGCUUGCGUAUGCGGAGCCAAGCGCACAUGUAGAGGAAGUAAAAACUCCCCUCGACCUGGCCAAGGCACAGGAGAACAGCACUGGAGUCAGCAGCAGUAGCAAUUCCUCUAAGAAGAAGCCCAAAUAUGUCAGCCUGUAUACCAAGGAGGGGCAAGACAAGCUGGCCGUCCUGAUCCCUGGGCGUCACGCCUGCGAGUGCCUGGGUCAGAAGCACAAGCUCAUCAACAACUGCUUGGUUUGCGGGCGCAUUGUCUGCGAGCAGGAGGGCUCUGGACCCUGCUUGUUCUGUGGUGCUCUGGUGUGCACUAAAGAAGAGCAGGACAUUCUUCAGCGGGACUCAAACAAGAGCCAGAAGUUGAUGAAGAAGCUCAUGGCAGGUGCUGAAAGUUCUGGGAAUUUGGAUGCCAUAAGCAAAGACUUACUGCCUCGACAAGAAGCUAGACUCAAAGCAGGCCUGGAGAUGGCUGUGAAACACAAAGACAAGUUGUUGGAAUUUGACAGGACAAGUGUGCGUCGAACCCAGGUCAUUGACGAUGAAUCAGAUUACUUUGCCACGGACUCCAACCAGUGGCUCUCCAAGCAGGAAAGGGAGGCCCUCCAGAAGAGAGAGCAGGAGCUGCGGGAGCUGCGUCACGCCUCUCGGCUUGCCAAAAAAAUCACCAUCGACUUCGCUGGCAGGCAGAUCCUGGAGGAAGACAACAGCAUGGCUGAAUACCACAGCAAACUGGAUGAAACCAUCGAAGCCAUUAAUUGUGGCACGCUGAGCAAGCCAGCUGGGAGCCCAGAAGCAAAGACGUCUCUGAAUUCUGGCGUUUUAGUGAAUCCCCGUCUUCUUCAGCCUGCUCCUUUGUGGGUGGACCAAACUGGUUUGCUCCCGCACAGGAAAGCCAUCCAUUCCAUGGAUGCUGGAAAUGAGUCUGACUCGGAGCGGAACAGGUUGCGGAUUCAGGAUCGAGAGUUGCAGGAGAUCUCAGAUGAUGGUUGGUGCCUCAGCAUGCACCAGCCCUGGGCUUCCUUGCUCGUAAAAGGAAUCAAAAGGGUGGAGGGCAGGACCUGGUACACAUCUCAUAGAGGGCGGUUAUGGAUUGCAGCUACUGCUAAAAGACCUUCCCCUCAGGAAAUCUCUGAACUGGAGACCACCUACAGAAUGCUGCUCCAGAAAGAUGUGGAAUUUCCCAGCGAUUAUCCCUCAGGGUGCCUCCUGGGCUGUGUGGAAGUGACCGAUUGUUUAUCGCAAGAGCAAUUUAAUGAGCAG